AUGCGACACAAUCAAUCCCAUUAUUAAAGGGAUAAGCCUUCAACCUUGCAACACAACACUACAACCUAAGGUCUGCACUACGAGAAUGUCUCAGGGAAGAGGCAGUGCAUCUUUACCUAUUGUGGUCACUGUGGUUUCACUACUGUGCCUUUUGGUUCUUUUGGAACGUGCUGAUGCAGCAACUUACACCGUUGGAGGACCUGGGGGAUGGACCUUCAACACUAAUGCUUGGCCCAAAGGAAAAAGAUUCAGAGCUGGUGAUAUCCUAAUCUUCAAUUAUGAUUCAACGACCCACAAUGUGGUUGCUGUGGACAGAAGUGGAUACAACAGCUGCAAAACGCCAGGGGGUGCUAAAGUGUUCAGUUCAGGGAAGGACCAAAUCAAACUAGCAAGAGGGCAGAACUACUUCAUAUGCAACUACCCUGGUCACUGCGAAUCUGGGAUGAAAGUUGCCAUUAAUGCAGUGUGAUGGUGCUUAAUACUUCUUGAGUUGAAGUGAAAAUUAAGUUAAUGGUCAAUUAGCUAGCAUUAGUAAAUGUUAGUGUGUGCUCAUGUAUGUACUUUUUUUAUAUGAAGCUGUUAUAUAUAUUUAUUAAUCACUAUAGUUUUGUGAAGCAAAGUGGGAGUGAGCUGGCUUGGUAGAUCAAUUGUUCCUAUGUUUGGUAUGUGUUGUGUAGUGGGAGUAUAAAAAUGGUCCAUUAGUCACGGGCUCUUCUUAUUAGACAUUGGAUCUACAUAUUUUGAAGUUAUUGAAAGUCUCAGAGCCAAUUAUCUGUAUCUGUGUGUCGGUGUCACAGUGUAUGGUUCUAUUACUGAUUUUGUUUGCUUCAAUAAAUUAAAUUUCCUACA